GCAGAGCGUGCCGCGGCUGCCUUUCCAAAUUGCCUACUGGAAGGAUGUGCUGCCCGACCUCACCCAGCUGCUUCAUGAUCGUCGUGAACGCCUGGCGGAUUACGUCGACCUGGAUGUAUUCCACGAUCAGAAGAAAUCCGAGCGCGAGGCUCGAGAACAGUAUCUGAAGCACCAGGACGUCCCUGCCGUGACCGAGGACCCGAAGCCUGGUGAACGGCAUCCCAAUCACCAACAGGCUUGUGGUCGAAGCGAUGCAGAUAUCGGCGACCACGAUUGUCAUGAAGGGCUAUCAGCACGACCUCCCUUCUAUUGUGUACGAGUGUGUUGAGGAGCUCUACCGAACAGGCAUCUACCACCGUAAACUCUUCCUCGAAACACCCGUCAAGCACAACGUUGACAGGAUGCGCCGCAUCUUUGACCGCGGCUACAAGCGGCCGCCAGGUGUGCGUAUCGGGCCGCUCGCGAAGUAUGCCACCAAGGACGUCUGCGGGCUGCUCGAGCACUUCUUGGAGCGCUUGCCCGAUCCCAUUGUCCCGCGCGACAUCAACUACGGGCUCUGGUGCUGGUGCGUCAACCCCGUGCUCCAGCGCGAAUGGGACAUCCGCUUCCCGCCCGUCAUCAAGCGGCGGCGGCGGACGAUCCGGGGCGAAGUUCCGGAGAUGGAGCACAAAAUCAUCGAGGAUCCGAACCUUACCCCCGAGGAACGCCGCGCCGUCCGCGAGGAAUUCGACGCGCCGCUCGUCGAGAUCGCGCGGUACACGCUGCGGCUCCUCUCGGUCGAGCACCUGUCGCUGCUCGUGUACCUCUUCGACUUCUUCAAGUGCGUGAUGGACCACCCUGAGAACGGCAUGAAUGCGGAAUACCUCGGCGAGAAGUUCGGGUACAUCCUGCUCGGCGGGACGAGCUACGCGGCGGGGCGCACGCUGAUGAUGUGGCUGCUCGAACGGUGGGAGAGGGUGUCGAAGGGCCUGCUGGACAUCGCACCCCCUGGAACGCGGCGUUUCGUCUCGCACGAACCGGACAUCAAGUCCAUGCGCGCUGCGGAGGUGCGGAGGCGCAAAUAUGCGAUCUCACCGCAUCAGCCGUACGAACGCGUUCAAGCGUGCGGCGAUGAGUCGUCCGACAACUCCUCGCGCACGUUCGUGAAUAGUUAUGAGGAGGGACGAGACAACGACGAAGGAUCUGUCCUGGAUUACUACUAUUCAGAACACAAACACAAACGCGACGUCCACGAAACGCCCGCAGUCGGUCAAAGGACCCGCAAAGGCCCUCAGUCGAGGCGCGAGGACGAAGCUCAUAGGCCUCGUCGGUUCGCUGAUAUAGAUGACGACGAGCUCGAACUCGAAAUCCGAAAGCCUGAGAGCCAGUCUUUGCGGCGAUUCCUGCGCAAAGAGCAGCGUCCGCGUAACAAGCGCCGCGACACGCUCGAGCAGGACUGUGACGACUACGGUAACUACUUCUGAGGUCAUGAAUCAAAUAGUAACAGAGGAAACAAUGUCUACGUCUGUACCACAAUACAACUUCUAUGAUGACUCGGAUGCGUCCAAUCGA